CACUAAUGUCAGCUUUUUAGGCGAAACAGUCCCCUUUACAAACGGGUUGAAGGGAUCUGAACCAACCCAACCAACGGAGACACUAGCCAAUCAGAGGAAGAACUGUCGGAAAGCUGAUGGGGGGAAAAAAUAAAUAACGCGUCCAGCCGAUUUGAACGACUUCCUGGUCCGGCAAAAUCUUACAUUAUCGCGAUAUACAGCCUGUUGCGAUUCAGUGGCUGGGGCCUGACGCUGGAAUGCGAAACUACAAGUUAUUUAGCCGAAACAAUCAAUUGACAGAUCUCGGCGUACCACUUCAGAAAUAUCACAGCUCUCGUCGGGACUCAGCUAUGGUCCGGGACAUGAGGGACAGUCACAACAUAUGGGGAUGAAACGAGAUCGGUUAUAUCAGCAUUUGCCGCUUUGGGCUCGUUGACUCUGUGGGCUGAGGAUGGCGCAGGGAGGCUCUCAGCUCGACUACAACAUCCUGCAGGACCUCAAACAGCGUUUCCCAGAGAUCCCAGAGGGGGUAGUGUCACAUUGCCUUCUGCAGAACAAUAAUAACCUGGAUCUCUGCUGCCACCUGCUGGCUCUGGAGAGUAAUAGAUACCUGUAUGGAGACUUCCAUCACAGUCCGGAGGAGGGACGGCUGAGCCGAAACCAUAUGCUACACAUUAGCCUGGGCUACCCAGGCUCAGAGGCAAGCAAGGCAAAUGGAGGAGCAGCAGGUGUAGGGCGCUCCCUAGUGCACAGCACCAGUGAUAGUCACAUCGAACCCCAGCGGCCCAGUUACCCUGAGCCACUGUCGGCCCCUGCCACCAUGGCCCCCUCCCCAGGUUACAAUCCUUUCUUCAUGAACGAUCAGAGCCGGUCUGCUAGCACUCCCACCCCUCCACCCACAAUUCAGGGCAUGUCUCCUACAUACUCCCCAGUCCCACGUUAUACUAUGAACCCUAUAACAGUCACACUUGCGCAAAGUAUACCCAGUGUCCCACAGGCUCUGCAGAUACCUCCGGGGCAUUACGCUAACAGCACCCUGUAUAUUCGACCCUCGCCCUCCCAGAGUCCACAGCCGGCACCCUGGUCCUCCUCAGGGGCACCCGUGUAUCAGCAUCAGCAGUCCCCCUACAGUACUCCCACAUAUGGUUCUCCUUACAGCUCCCCGCAGCAUCAGGUCCAGCCACCACAACCACAGCCCCAGCCUCAACCCCAGCACCAGCAGUACGUCUUCCUCCCGAUUAGCUCCCCAAACGUUCCCAGCAUGCCCUACCAUCACCAGCAACAACCCCAGCAACAGCCAGCAAUUUACAGACCCUACCACACAAAAAGUUCCCUAAAGAACCCAAUAGAAAUUACCCUGGAGGGUCCACGACCUCGCAGCAACUCUCCUGUACACAAUCCCCACUCCCAGGGAGCGCUUUACAUGGCCACCAGCCCCUCGCCCAGCUCCCCUUCAAGGGGUAUUGCGAUGAGUGGACCUCCUGGCCCAGCAACCUUCCACCCUGGGAUGUACCUGCAGCAUCAGGGCCCUGCAAGGCCUCGGCCUGCCUCCUCUCCUCAACCGGGCCAGUCAGCCUACACCUUCAAAAUCAAAGUGUCCCCUGGAGGCCAGGCCCAGAGGCCACUAAGCUCACCUCCUGUGGCUGAAGCAGAGUCUCUUCUGAACAUAGUAGACCAAGGGGAGCACAAUGCAGCCCCAGCACCCAUCUUGCCCAUCUCUGCUCUACCAGGGAACGUUGCCAGUCAAUUUCAGCAUAUGCCUCGACGUUCAAGUUCAGGCUCUGAUGACUAUGCCUACACACAAGCUCUACUGCUCCAUCAGCGGGCCAGGAUGGAGCGUCUACUGAAGGAACUGCUGCUAGAGAAGCAGAAACUAGAGCAACUCAAGGCCGAUGUCAACAAUAUGGAAUAUGACGCCCUUCAAAGACGCUUUCGACGAGUCAACUCCACCAGUUUGAUACCCAAACCUGAAGAGAUGACCCGAUUGCGGAGUCUGAACAGACAGCUUCAGAUUGAUAUCGACUGUACCCUGAAGGAGACAGAUCUUCUGCAGUCUAGAGGGAAGUUUGACCCAAAAGCAAUGAACAACUUUUAUGACAACAUUCAGCCAGGUCCAGUGGUUCCGCCCAAACCUGGGAGGAAAGAAGAGGAGCAGGGCUCCAAGCCAGUACCAGGGCCCCAGAGGGACGAGGACUUCGAAGGCGCCCAGUGGAACUGUGAAAGCUGCACCUUCCUCAACCACCCUGCACUCAACCGCUGUGAACAGUGCGAGAUGCCGCGCUACACUUGAGCUUAGCGCUGUGCUGUAUUGCCCGCCCCUGCCCCGUCCCUUGCCAAUCAUUGGAUAGUAAAAGCCGACCCCUCCAAAAUCUGCAGAAUCUAUCUAGAGGUCUUCCCCUGUCAAUCAAUAUAUAAGCCCCUCUUACCUGCUGAGGAAGAGCCACUAUCCCUCUCUGCCCACUUGUCCUGCUCCCAUCUACUACUUCUGUGCACUUUGACCCUUGUUUCCAUUGGGGGAUGAUGAUCCUUUUUUUUUUUUUAGGACAGCAGGAGACUCUUCUCAUGUCACAUGUAUAGAAGAUGGAGUGACACACUGCGACUCUGGCAGUGGGUAGGAUGGGGCUUCAGAAAGGUCAAAGUGAUUGCCGACUGAGGAGCUACGGAUUACCUAGAGAACAUUCCACACAGAAUGAGUGGCUGCCCUGUUUACACAAAGUACCCAUUCCUGAACUCAAAAUGGAGGCACUUCCACUUUAUUCCAGGACCUGUAACUCCCUCUCUGACAGUGGAACAAUGAAAGCAAUGGUAUAUGUAUACUCUAAUGCGAAACGUAGACUGUACACUGUAUCUGGCUCUGUAUUGGAGCUCAUUUCACUGAAGGAAGAACACUAAAGACACUUGCAUAUGAGUAUAUUCCUGGUACUUUUAUGCAUAUUAUGCCACCCUGUAUUAUGUGUUCGAAAGAUGUUGAUGAUUUCCUGUGCAAAUGCCUCAACUUGCUGUACUUAAUAAAGGAGCUGAUUCUAUGUGACUUGACC